AUGAGAUCGAUAGUUUAUAUUUACAUGUUAGUUGUAUUGAUUAAAAAUGCUGGAUUUACAACAGGAUAUUUAGUUGGCGCUGGCCUGAAUGUCCGCUUCGCCCAGCUGCUCUACACCGAUACGAAGUACCAAGUGCUGAGAGAGGAGAUGAUAAAGACUAACACACGGAACCUCGUGUACCACUGCAGAGCUGACAAGAGUGACUGCGAUGCGGCUUUGGCGAAGAUGCGGUAUAAAGCUAGCAAACAUUUCUACGCUUUGUCCAAGGCUGUAGUAGACUAUGUAAAAAAUAAAAGACAGGCGCGUCCCACUGGAUAUGUUGGUACUGCAACGUUCUGCCAGGACAACAUCUGUGUCCCAGACACUGACCCGCCUAUCGUAUAUGGGGGUUGUUACACCCUGAUAUCCUGCGGCGGCAACCAGACCUGGCACCUAGAUCCAGUAGUGUACAAAAAAAAGAAGAACAGAUUUUUUUAA